UUCGUUCUAACCCCUCUACACUUUUUCAUUUAUAAAUUUAUCAAUAUGAUUCAUUCUUCACCAAGCAUUUUAGGAGCUUGACCUAUGUCUAUCUUCUCGAUCGGUAACCUAGGGUUUUCAUCUUCCACGGCUGCAGCCGUCAAGAACCGGAAGUCUUGGAAACCCUAGAUAGCCCUUUUCUCUAACCGAUGAUUCUUAGUAACGCAGGGCCUUUAUAACUCCUCAUCGCAGAAUCUUUGUGAACGCACAGAUCUAUGAGGAAGACUGAAAGUCUCUCCCAUUCUUCGCAAAAAACACAAACCUUGUCUCUGUGACAAAACCUUUUGAGGAAGAAAUCUGAUCAGAUUUCCCUCCCUGUGGAUCCACAAGCGUGUUUCAUUUUUAUUUUGGUUUUUAUACCUGAAAUAAUAUUUUCACUGUCUUCUUAGACUGAAUCGGGACCCUAAUGGUUUACAUGGAACAAACAAGCCCAGAUCUGUUGAACCCAGUUUAGGGCUUUUGGUUUUGAUCCUCAAAGGAAGAAAAAAUAUUCCGGAUCAAGCGUAAAAAUGUUCAGAUCUGUUUUGUAUCAUGGGAACUCACUUAUCGGAGAAGUAGAAAUCCAGCCAAAGAACUCGAACCUUGGAACAUGGACGAGGGAGAUCCGAAUCUCCCACUUCUCCCCACCCAGCGAUCGCUGCCCGCCGCUAGCAGUUCUGCAGACUAUUGCCACGUCUGGCGUCUGCUUCAGGAUGGAGUCAAAGCGAUCCGCGGAAGAGUCGCUGCUUUUUUCUGUAUAUUCUGCAUGUCUCAGAGAGAACAAGACAGCAGUUUCUUCCAUAGGAGAGGAAGAACUUCAUUUGGUGGCCAUGCCUUCCAGACGGAAUAUUCCACAGCAUUCAUUUUUUUGGGGAUUUAUUGUGGCACGAGGAUUGUAUAAUUCUUGUCUCAUCAUGCUGAAUCUAAGAUGCCUUGGAAUCGUGUUUGAUCUUGACGAAACACUUAUAGUUGCUAAUACAAUGCGUUCGUUUGAGGACAGAAUCGAUGCCUUGCAGCGGAAGAUAGGCAGUGAGGUGGAUCCACAGCGUGUUAAUGGCAUGCUUGCUGAGAUCAAGCGGUAUCAGGACGACAAAUCGAUCUUGAAGCAGUACGUUGACAAUGACCAAGUUGUAGAAAGCGGGAAGGUGUUCAAAACUCAAUCUGAGGCUGUUCCACGUCUUUCUGAUAGUCAUCAGAUGUUAACACGUCCUAUUAUAAGACUACAUGAGAAAAACAUCAUACUUACUCGGGUCAAUCCGGCGAUACGAGAUACUAGCGUCCUUGUUCGUUUGAGACCUGCAUGGGAAGACCUUCGAAGCUACUUAACUGCAAAAGGUCGAAAGAGAUUUGAGGUUUAUGUUUGCACAAUGGCCGAACGAGAUUAUGCUUUAGAAAUGUGGAGGCUUCUUGAUCCAGAAUCUAGCUUAAUCAACUCGAAAGAGCUCUUAGAUCGAAUAGUUUGUGUCAAGUCUGGCUUGAAAAAAUCUUUGUUCAGCGUAUUCCAAGAUGGAGUUUGUCAUCCAAAAAUGUCAUUAGUUAUUGAUGAUCGUUUGAAAGUCUGGGAUGAGAAAGAUCAAUCUCGAGUUCAUGUAGUCCCUCCGUUUGCUCCAUAUUUUGCUCCUCAAGCAGAAGCAAACAACAAUAUUCCGGUUCUCUGUGUUGCAAGAAAUGUGGCAUGCAAUGUCAGAGGCAGUUUCUUCAAAGAUUUUGAUGAAGUUUUACUUCCACGAAUGUCCGAAGUUUCUUAUGAAGAUGAAUUGGAGUGCCCAUCUGCUCCGGAUGUCGGCAAUUAUUUGAUAUCAGAGGAUGAUGCAUCUACAUUGAACGGAAAUAAGAACCCACUUGGUUUUGAUGGAAUGGCAGAUGCUGAAGUUGAGAGGAGAUUGAAGGGUGGAAGCUGCAAUAUUGUCCCGGCUGUUGCUCCCAUUGCUAAUAACUUUGAUACAAGGGUUGUUGUGCCUCCCGGUCCUCCUGCCAUUGCUCCUCCAUCUCCUGCAGUUUCAUUGGCAGCAACCCCAUUGAUCAUGCCUAUGGCCAGCAACCAGUUUCCACAAACUGUUGCAUCUGGUAAGCCAUUAGGGCAAUCUGUUCUGUCGGAGCAUUCCCUACAGGGCUCUUCGUGGGAAGAGGGUGAGGUGCCAGAAUCAGAUUUAGAUCCAAACACGCGAAGACGGCUAUUGAUUUUGCAGCAUGGACAAGACACACGGGAUGCCCCUCCGCCACAGCAUCCAUCAUUUCCAACUGCUCUUCAGGUUCCCGUGCCUCCGGUUCAACCUCGGGGAAAUUGGUUUCCUGUGGAAGAAGGCUUGAACUCAAGGAAAAUGAAUAUGGUGUCUAGAGAUUUUUCUUCAGAACAUGAAAUGGGGCCUUUUGAUAAGAAUCGAUCUCGAUACCGAUCAUUUUAUCGAACUGAAGCAAAAUCCGUGCCUUCCGAGAGAGUUUUUCAUGAAAGUCAAAGAUUUCCUAUGCAGGUCUCUCACGGUGAAGUUCGGCCUCAACCCAACAAAGCAGCAUCGAAUUUUAAUUCUUUCCAAGAGCUACAUAUUCCCUUUUUUCACCUUGAAGGCAACGAGUCUAUGGGUCACUUGGCAUCCAAUUAUAGUGAUGCACAUUUCAAUUCGAAUCAUAUUCAUGAAGAUACCCCUGUGGGAUUUCUGAGGGAAAUUUCAAGGAAGUGUGGUACCAAGAUUGAAUUCAGGUCAAAUUUACUCGACACUACCGAACUGCAGUUUUCUGUGGAGAUUUGGUUUGUUGGGGACAAAGUUGGCGAAGGCAUUGGGAGAACAAGAAAGGAAGCUCAACUUCGGGCUGCUGAGAAUUCCUUACAAAAUUUGGCAAAUACGUACUUAUCAAAUACGUUUGCUGAUACCGCUCAUGCUAAAGAAAGUGGUUUUUCGAGUGAUUUAAACUCUUCAGGAUAUUCAGAUCCAAUAAGGAAUGAUUUUUUAACAGGCAGAAAUACUCCAAUUUCCCAUCUUAUGGGUCAAGAGGGAUCAAAAAGAGCAGCAGCUCCUGUUGCUGCCCUCAAAGAACUUUGUAUGAUAGAGGGUUAUAAUCUUGUUUUUCAAGCCCCUUCUUUGCCUGCUGGGUGCUCAACUAGCAAAGGGGAAGUUUAUGCUCAGGUUGAAAUCGCAGGCCAGGUCUUAGGUAAAGGAUUUGGAGUAACAUGGGAGGAUGCCAAGAUUCAGGCUGCGGAAGAAGCUCUUGAAUCUUUGAAAUCCAAACCUGCACAAGUUCCUCUAAUGGGUUCAGGUUCUUCAAGAAUUCUGCCGGCAUCAUCGAACAAGCGACUGAAGCAAGAUUUUCCACAUUCAAUACCACGAAUUCUAUCUUGAAUUACACGAACAUACAGAUUGAAAGGUCAAUUUCUCAAUACCUCACCACCAAUGCCACAGCUCGAACAAGUUUAUGAUGCAAUGUAUUGAACUCGAGUUGGUUCGACAAAAUCUUCAUCCUAAGGCUGAUGUUUUGAGGCAUUACAGCACAGGGUCUGCACAAUCAUACAAUUUUGUUGAACUUUUCUCCUGUGCAUGAAUGGGCUGCACAAUCUUACCAAUGAGGAAUUUAGAAUCCUUUUAAUCGCUGCUCCUUGGUGGAAUCGGUAGGGUUGAGGAUGGUGAGUCUAUCAAUCACGGAAGCAAGUAGGUGUUUCCCUUCCAUUUUAUCUCUGCAUUUGUUGCAGGAAUAGGGAGAUAUGCUGCCAUUAUUCUCCUUUAAAAAUUCAUUUCAUUGGCCUUAUGGUCUCUACUUGUAUGGGAAUUUUGUUUUUUGUUAUUAUUAUUAUUUUUUUGAUGUAAAGGAGAAUCACGGGUAGAUUUUAUAUUUUUGGAAACAAAAAAGUAUUUUUUGUAAAAUAGGCUUCCCUGAAUUGGAAGCUAGAAUUUUGUUAUGAGAAGUGUGCGUUUAUUGCAUCUUCUAGUGAGUUGGGUUACAAUA